AUGAUGAAGUCUGUUGUAUUGAAAUACAUAGUUCUCAUUUCAUCCCAGCUGAAGUGGGCAUGGGAUGUCCUUCUUCACCAAUCCUUCUUUCAGCCUCGUGGAGUCGAAUUACCUGACUAUGUUGAUGACCUUACUGUGAUGAGUUAUGAAAAUAAUAACAAUGCGGAGGGUGGGGAUUCAUCGGCAGAGUGUGCUGUUUGCUUAUGCAGAAUUGAUGAUGGGGAUGAGGUUAGAGAGCUGAGAUGCCACCAUCUUUAUCACAGAGUUUGCUUAGAUAGGUGGGUAGGAUAUGGACACAGAACAUGCCCACUCUGCCGGAAUAACCUAAAGCCACGUCAACUGGCCGCGGACCUCCACCUGCAGGCGGAGGUGAUAAAAAUUAACUUCUGCGCCACCAGAUCAAGGGAAGACCGGUGUACCUGGUGGCUGCGCUAA